AUGUUCGGAACCCUGCGCUACCAGUCCGAGAAGAAGACCGGGGAGUUCCUCGAGCGCGAAUCAGGGUUUGCGGGGAAUGUGGCAACCAACAAACCUCAACACUCAGCCUGCGAUAACUGCCGGGUAAAAAAGAUCCGCUGCAGCGGCCGAAAAGCGGGAUGUUCACAGUGCAAAACACACUCUCUCCCUUGCAACUAUGCCCACGUACCCACGCGGAAAGGCAGGAGGAAGCAAGCGCCCACCUCUUCUGAAAAGAACAAUGAGACUGAGACAUGUCCGGAAAUUGGUGUGGUGGGCGCCCAAUCUCUGGCGAGGGAUUCUGCAGCUACAGCUGCUGUGCAGCCAUCCCUGUUGACGAUGGAACUUCAUGGAGUCAGCGAGAAUUGUAUCGGAUUGGACAAUGCAAUGCACCCGGUCCAGGAUAACCUGGAAUUGGCCCUGGAUCCGAUGUUCAAGGAAGCCUCGACUUGGUCCAGUCACCUCAAUUGGGCUCUAGAAGGGGAGGACAACUUUGUGCCGGACUCGGACUACCCAAUCGCAGGGAAUCCACAGGUCCCGGCCGAUUUCUUCAAUUCUGGGUAUAUGAAUACCCCACUCUUGUCGAUUCCGGGACCGUGCUCCAAGAAUGAAAUACUAAUGGAUGACAGUUACUCUAUGUCUGAAAGUACUGUACAGCAGCAGCCGCUGCCGCUCGUUUCCAAUAGUUUCACACACCCAGAUCUACUUCCGACUCCACCGUUAACCCAUAUUCUUGCCCCAACCGUGAGCACAAUCCGAUCAAAUGAGGAUAUCGUUGGGAUUACUAUAGACGAGCAAUCGUCCUGCUCCUGCGUUACCUCAGCCGUCUUCCUACUGGAUGAAUUGCAGUCGUCUCAUCAUGAAGGGGGUCCCGGUGGGCAGAGUCUUGACUCCAUUCUUUUGAUCUAUCGGGAAGUACUCUUCCUAUGCAAUCGCAUGAUCAACUGUGGCUCCUGCCAAGGGAAGUCGGAGAAUAUGAUGGUGCUCAGCAUGGUGAUUGAACGAUUAGCCAUUCUCUGUGGGGAGGUGAUUAAUGCUUUUAUCGCACAAAGGGAAGCAAGCAGUCCGGAGGCAACGCCCAUACCGGUACUCAUGAUGGAGAAGCAGCCUUUAGCCCUGGGCAAAUAUGAGAUCGAGAGUGGGGACUACGAGGUCAUAAUGGGGGUGCUAGUGACAAGGCGGCUGUCAGAGUUGGAAAGCAUCAUCGCCCGCAUGAAGAUGAUCGGUUCCCUCACCCGCCGUGCGCACCAGCAGGCAAGAAUGGCGCGCGUUGAUCAAUAUAUUAAGGACUUGUUUCGGAAGAUCACGUCCAUCUGUCCUUUUGUUACAGAAUUGCUGGUCGAUCCGAAUAGGCCAGUGGCCGAGGAUGCUGGGAGAAAUAUAUAA